AUGGCGGUGUUCGCAAUGCAUAACGGGGAUGCCCCAGAAUUUGACGGCAAGAUCACGUUCUAUGUAAUCGUCUCUGUGUUCGUCGCUGCCUUCGGAGGGCUUAUGUUCGGUUAUGACAUUGGAAUUUCAGGAGGUGUGACGGCCAUGGAUGACUUCCUUAAGGAGUUCUUCAAGGAAGUGUACGAGAAGAAGCAGCAUGUGCACGAGAACAACUACUGCAAAUAUGACAACCACCUUCUGCAGCUCUUCACGUCGUCGCUCUACAUCGCAGCUCUCUUGGCCAGCUUCGUCGCCUCGAGGGUGUGCACGGAGCUGGGCCGAAGGCCGACGGUGCAGAUCUCAUCGCUCUUCUUCAUCAUUGGGAUCGGGCUUCAGGCCGGCGGCACCAGCAUCGAGAUGGUUCUUUGCGGACGGCUCAUGCUCGGCAUGGGCAUCGGUUUUGCCAAUCAGGCAGUGCCUCUAUUUCUAUCAGAAAUAGCACCGGCCAAGAUGAGAGGAGCGCUCAACAUAUGCUUCCAGCUCUUCAUCACCAUCGGGAUCUUGAUCGCCGGCAUCGUCAACUACUUCACCUCCGACAUCCACCCUCACGGGUGGCGCGUCUCCCUCGGCCUCGCCAUGGUCCCGGCCGUCGUCCUCCUCUGUGGGUCCCUCGCCAUCUGUGAGACUCCGACGAGCCUCAUUGAGCGCAAGAAUUACGAGGAGGGCAUGGCCACACUCAAGAAGAUCAGGGGCAUGGACAACGUCAUGGCCGAGUUCGAGUCCAUCGUGGCAGCGAGCGAGAUGGCCCGCCAGGUCAAGGACCCGUUCAGCAUGCUGUUGAAGCCCUCGAGCCACCCCCCGCUCAUCAUAGCUAUCCUGCUCCAGGUGUUCCAGCAGCUCACGGGGAUCAACGCCAUCAUGUUCUACGCGCCUGUCCUCUUCCAGACGGUCGGGUUCGGCAGCAACGCGUCGCUGCUCUCCACUGUCAUCACAGGUCUCGUCAAUGUGUUCAGUACGCUGGUCUCAAUCUACACGGUCGACCGGGUGGGAAGGAGGAUCUUGCUCCUCCAAGCUUGUGUUCAAAUGUUCCUCACUCAGAUUGUGAUCGGUUUUAUCCUUCUGAUAGACCUGAAGCCCACAGGUUCAUUGCACCCAAAGGAAGCCCUAAUUGUGGUCAUCCUGGUGUGCGUAUUCGUGAUGGGAUUCGCGUGGUCGUGGGGCCCGCUGGGGUGGCUCAUCCCAAGCGAGACGUUCCCCCUCGAGAUCCGGACUGCGGGCUUCGCCUGCGCCGUAAGCUCCAACAUGCUCUUCACCUUCGUCAUCGCGCAAGCCUUCCUGUCGAUGCUAUGCCACAUGAGGGCCGGGAUCUUCUUCUUCUUCGCAGCGUGGAUCUUGGUCAUGGGGCUGUUCACUCUCUUCUUCCUGCCGGAAACGAUGGGCGUCCCCAUCGACGCGAUGGUCGAGAGGGUAUGGAAGCAACACUGGUUCUGGAAGCGGUACAUGGUCCAUGUCGACGACGGUGACGACGAAGUAAUCUUGAAGCAAGUGCAUCCGAAAGUGAAGUAG